UGAAGUUCUAGAUGAGAAUUCCUGUCACUACUGGCAGUGAUGGCUUCAGGCAAAGACACUUGUCCUAUCUUACCUAAACUCACCAACAACUGCUCUAAUGAGAAUUCAUAUAAGCCUGCUAUUAAGUGUGGUGAGAUUCAUUUGCCACGGUUUUCAUUAAAGCACGGGAUGAUCCCAAGACGUUAUGUAAUGCCUUGGAAACAGAACAUGAAAUUCAGGAAUGUGAAUCUGAAGCAUGCAGAAGCAUGUGGGAUCCAUGCCGGCCCUUUGGAAGACUCUCUGUUUUUGAAUCACAGUGAAAGGCUUUGCCAUGGGGAAGAUCGUAAAGUUGUCUUGAAGAAAGUCCCACCAGAAAUAAAAAUUGCAGAUAUGCCUCUGCAUUCACCUCUCUCCAGGUACCAAAGCACUGUGAUUUCCCAUGGCUUCAGGAGGCGACUGGUCUGAUGAAAGAAGAAUAAAAUGAUAAAGUAUUUCAGUCUCUCCCUCUC